AUGUCUGAGCCAACAUCCAAUAUAAUUGAGAUGUCCCGAGAAGAAUUGGAUAGCCUGACAACAGCAAUUGGUCAGCUAACACCGGAGACGAUACGUACCCUCCGAACCACGAUAGAUAAUCCGGGCUCAGAUCAAAGUCCAUUGACAAUCGAUCAUGAUAAAUAUCCCAUUACGAUGCCUUCGAGCAGAUCAGGAUGUGACACCAUCGAUAAUGAAUAUUUGAUGAUUUAUAAUUCACAUACCCCAGAGCAAGAGGAAGGUCAUGAUUCCCAAGAAGGAGGUUAUGAUGUCACGAUGUCGAUUCCUCUACGCGCCGACAAAAUGUACAAGAUCAAAGAUAACAACGCACUCAUUCCGACGAGGAGUUUCUGGUUACCUGAUCCAAAGGAAAGGACUGAGGAAGCUUGGCUCAACACCGCUAAGAUCAACUUUCUUUGGGCUGCCGACACCGAUAAACACGUAGAAAUGUAUGAUGGGAUGAUAGAGAACGAUAUAGAUGAAGAGGAAGUUUGGCGAAGAAUGAAUGAGUUUCGGGAUCAUGUCAAUAGCUUGACCAACGCGCAGGAUCGCUCGCAGCGGCAAUGUCGAGUAUUGUAG